AAAAAAAAAAAAAAAUCAAGGGUGGGCGGAGAUCACAGUGCUGUUGUUGCUGGCUUUGGCCGUUGAGCUACUACCCACUCACUCUCCUUUGCUCUUCUCUGUCAUCACUCCGUCUCGCCGGAAAAUUCUUCCGCCUUCCGUCCAUAAACAGCCACCGAAAUGCUAUUUGCUCGAUCGUUUCUCCGCUCCCACCUCAAACCCUCCGACAUUCCUCGCCAUUCUCCGCCUUUUUCUUCCCUCUUUUCGUCUCUUUCAGCUUCUUCCGCUGCGUCUAUUGAAGCCGAUAGGCUUCUCAGAGAUGGCCCCAGGAAUAAUUGGACUCGACAGGAGAUUCGCGACAUUUACGACUCUCCCGUUCUCGAUCUGCUUUUCCAUGGCGCGCAAGUUCAUAGGCACACACACAAUUUUCGGGAGGUGCAGCAGUGUACCCUCCUUUCAAUCAAAACAGGUGGGUGUAGUGAGGAUUGUUCCUACUGUCCUCAAUCAUCGAGAUAUGACACUGGAGUGAAAUCCCAAAAACUUAUGACCAAGGAUGUCGUGCUUGAGGCAGCCAAAAAGGCAAAAGAGGCUGGUAGCACAAGAUUUUGUAUGGGUGCUGCAUGGAGAGAUACAAUAGGAAGAAAAACUAAUUUCAAUCAGAUCCUUGAUUAUGUAAAAAAAAUAAGAGAGAUGGGGAUGGAGGUCUGCUGCACUCUGGGCAUGAUAGAGAAGCAACAAGCUAUUGACCUCAAGAAGGCCGGCCUCACAGCUUAUAACCACAACCUCGACACAUCAAGGGAAUACUACCCAAAUAUUAUUACCACGAGGAGUUAUGAUGAGCGUUUAAAAACUCUAGAAUUUGUUCGUGAUGCUGGAAUCAAUGUCUGCUCUGGAGGAAUAAUUGGGCUUGGAGAGGCAGAAGAGGACCGUGUCGGUUUGCUGCAUACCUUGGCGACUCUGCCCACACACCCCGAGAGUGUUCCCAUCAAUGCGCUGGUUGCAGUGAAAGGAACCCCUCUUCAAGACCAAAAACCUGUUGAAAUAUGGGAGAUGAUUCGAAUGAUCGCCACAGCACGGAUCACCAUGCCAAAAGCAAUGGUAAGGCUGUCUGCAGGUCGAGUGAAGUUUUCCGUGCCGGAGCAGGCGUUAUGCUUCCUUGCAGGAGCAAAUUCUAUCUUCACCGGGGAGAAACUGCUAACGACGCCAAAUAACGACUUUGAUGCUGAUCAACACAUGUUCAAGAUGCUGGGUUUGAUUCCAAAAGCUCCCAGUUUCACUGAUGGUGCUGAGAAAGCCCCUGAAGAAGAGUCAUUACAAGAAGCUGCUUCCAAUUAAUUCAUAAGCCACUGGCUCUCCAAUCAAUUCUCUCUCUCUCAAUCUUUAUUUCUUUGCUUUUUUCUCCAUUUUGGGUUUGUUAAUCCGUAGAUUUGCAGUUGGUAUCUCCAUUAGAUGUGAGCUUAAAAGAGAAAAUGAAGAGGUAAUGAACACUUCUCCUUGUGUUAGAGUAGUUACACGUACUUGUUCUACAAGUCAUCACUUCAUGAUUAAUGUUUAGGAAAUCUUUAUCAUU